AUGGAUCGAGCCACUUCAGAUGAUGAUGAAGACGAAUCUGGUGCUUAUCAGCACAAGGGAAUCAGUGCAGAUGAUCUCAGCGACGACUGGGUCGAAGCUCAGAUGAAGGAUGUCACUGUGGCAGUCAUUGGCAACGUUGAUAGUGGAAAGUCGACCUUGGUUGGAGUUCUUACCAAGGGCGGACUGGAUGACGGAAGGGGCCUAGCCCGGGCAAAGGUCUUUAACUUUUCGCAUGAAGCGGCCAAUGGGAGAACAAGCAGCAUCGCACAGGAAAUCAUGGGAUUCUCACAUUCAGGUGAGCAGGUUCUGAUUGAUAGAAUGGGUACUUCGACGGCCAAUUCUCGAAACCAGACCUGGCAGCAGGUGGUAAGCCAGUCAGAAAGACUGGUGACUUUCAGCGACCUGUGUGGCCACGAGAAGUACCUCAAGACCACGAUCUUUGGCUUGGUGGGGCAAUGUCCAGACUACACGAUGAUCAUCGUCAAUGCCAAUGCAGGUUUCCAGCGCAUGUCGCGCGAGCACCUGGGCAUCGCGCUUGCCUUGCGCAUCCCCUUCUUCAUCGUCGUGACCAAGAUUGACAUUGCACCCCAGAAUGUUUUCGACGAAAACCUCGCGCAGCUGCACAAGAUUGUCAAGUCAAACGCCGUGAGGCGGCAGCCCCUGGUGGUGACGAGUGAAGACCAGUUAGAGCAAGCUGCCUCCGGGAUUUACGACAAACAGGUCUGUCCAAUGUUCUGCAUCUCCAGUGUCAGUGGAGAUGGUCUUCCGCUUCUGCGGUCUUUUCUGCAGCGGCUGCCAUCUAGAUUGCAGGACAGUGGUCUCUUCAAACCACCGAGCAGUCCGGCUGAGUUUCACAUUGACUCCAUCUACGUUGUGCCCGGUGUCGGCCUCGUGGUCGGCGGUGUCGUUCGAUCAGGUCGCAUCUGCCCUGGGCAGCAUCUGCUUCUGGGCCCAGACAAGGUGAGCCAGUUCAAGCCGGUCAUGGUGAAGACCAUCCAGUACAAGCGUGUCGCCGUUGACAUGGCUGAGAGUGGUCAGCACUGCAGCUUUGCUCUCCGUUCUCUGGUGAAGAGGGAGACGCUCAAGAAGAGCAUGUUUAGAAAAGGCAUGGUCAUGCUUGGCCCGGAGCUUCAACCGAAGGCCAUUUGGUCUUUCAAGGCCGAGCUGCCCAGCUGUGUUUUAGCCAUGGUCAUCAAGACUGAUCUUUGCAACUACACCGAGUACAGGAUUUACCCUGGACAUGGCCAGAAGUUCGUGGCAAAGGAUGCCAAGGUGAGCUUCUUCAUCUCAGCCAAGGCCGACUCGUUGUACCACCAGCGGAUCAAGCCGGUCAAGCUGCGCUGGACACAGGCUUGGCGUCGCCAGAACAAGAAGGGCAAGGUCGAGGAAGGCGGCAAGAAGAAAGCACGAAAGGCGCAAAAGUUUCAGAAGGCCAUUGUCGGCAUGUCCUUGGAUGACCUCAAGAAGAAGAAAGCCAUGCGACCCGAGCUGCGCCAGGCACGCGAGCAAGCGGCGAAGGAGGCCAAGGCAAAGCAGCAGGCGGAGAAGAAGAAGGCGGCAUCCAGCAAGCCGGCAGUUGCCAAGAGCAAGGCUGACAAGGGUGCGAAGUUGCCGAAGGGUGGAGGCGCCCCAGCUGGCGGCUUCUUGUCUUCGAUUUGUGGCACUGUAGAGCUUUGUAGCGUCUUUGUAGCAUCAGACGUCAUCAAUGUCUUCACGUUGAGGUACAGGAUCUACCCUGGCCAUGGCCAGAAGUUUGUGGCAAAGGUGAGCUUCUUCAUUUCUGCCAAAGCGGACUCACUGUACCACCAGCGCAUCAAGCCAGUGAAGCUCCGCUGGACUCAAGCCUGGCGUCGCCAGAACAAGAAAGGCAAGGUCGAGGAGGGAGGCAAGAAGAAAGCCCAGAAGUUCCAGAAGGCAAUCGUGGGCAUGUCCCUUGAUGACCUCAAGAAGAAGAAGGCGAUGAGACCCGAGCUGCGCCAGGCACGAGAGCAGGCUGCGAAGGAGGCCAAGGCCAAGCAGCAAGCGGAGAAGAAGAAGGUUGUGAUUCUGCACCAUGCCACCACCAUCAGGGAAGGAUACCAGGCCAUGAUCCAUUGUGGAAUUAUUCGCCAAUGUGCGGCUGUCAAGAACAUGUCCUGUGAACUGCUGCGCUCUGGGGACAAGGCCAUUGUGACAUUUCGAUGGUGCUACCACGCGGAGUAUGUGUGUCUUGGCGAGACUCUUCUUUUCCGCGAAGGUCGCACCAAAGGCAGGCUCAGCGUCUGA